UUUUUGUUCAAAAUUUUCUCUUCUACAUUUGCAGUUACUUUCGUUGGUGAAAUUCAGUCGAAAGAUCCGUAACAUAUCACGGCAAUCUCUCAGUUUCGCUAGCUCCUCAUACUUGCAGAUAAUUCCCUCUACACUAUCAACUCUAAAUCUAAUUUCCCUUUUCCCUUUUGUUAUUUUUUUUAUAUAGAAUUUUAGUGUUUAUUCAGGUGUAAAGUUGUAGGCUUCUCUUUUGGGAUCUGUGGUCCAAGCUCAGGUCUUACUGUAACCGAUGGAUUGAGAUUUAGGGUUAGGGUUUUGGAAAUUUUUUUCAAUCGAUGAAGCUGGCUUUUGUGUUCUUUUUCUUUGCGAUAUUCGGGGGAUCUGUUGAUCAGCUGGUGAUUGAACUCUGAUGAGACGCCGUCCUGUGGCGUUGGCUCCUAACGAAGCAAUGGAGAAAGGUUCCCCUAAAAAUCAACAAACCCGGCUCUGUUUCUUAGCUUCUUUGUCAGCUUUCUUCUGGAUUUUUCUUUUGUAUUUCCAUUUUGUAGUUCUAGGAGGGAGCACCACAGUCCAGGACUUAGUUCAAUCACCACCAAUCAAAUUAGACUCUCCUCUCACUAAUGUUGGAUCCACCGCUGCUCGGGUGACCUAUGGCCGUAAAGAGAAGGAUAAACCAUCAGUGGUGAAACCCGUUAAGAAUACGGCUAGUGGAAAGGUGUUGGCUUACCCUUUUAUGAGAGCUUUAAGAACGGUGGAUAACAAGAGUGAUCCGUGCGGGGAGUACAUUUAUGUGCAUAAACUUCCUCCGAGGUUCAAUGAGGAUAUGCUUAAGGAGUGUAAGAGUUUGAGUCUUUGGACUAAUAUGUGUAAGUUUACUAGCAAUGAAGGGCUUGGUCCACCACUUGAGAAUGUGGAAGGGGUGUUCGAGAAUACCGGGUGGUAUGCCACGAAUCAGUUUGCGGUGGAUGUCAUAUUCAAUAAUCGAAUGAAGCAAUAUGAGUGCUUGACCAAUGAUUCAUCCAUUGCAGCCGCAAUAUUCGUGCCCUUUUAUGCCGGGUUUGAUAUUGCAAGGUAUCUUUGGGGAUAUAAUAUCUCAAGGCGCGAUGCUGCCUCCCUUGAUUUGGUUGAUUGGCUGAUGAAGAGGCCUGAGUGGAGUAUAAUGGGAGGCAAGGAUCAUUUCCUGGUGGCUGGAAGGAUUACAUGGGAUUUCAGGAGAUUGAGUGAGGAGGAAUCUGAUUGGGGUAAUAAGCUUCUGUUUUUACCUGCUGCUAGGAAUAUGUCGAUGCUGGUGGUUGAAUCAAGCCCCUGGAAUGCAAAUGAUUUUUGCAUUCCAUAUCCAACAUACUUCCACCCUGCCAAGGAUGAGGAAGUCUUUGUAUGGCAAGAUCGGAUGCGAAAAUUGGAGAGAAAGUGGCUGUUCUCUUUUGCGGGUGCACCUCGUCCCGGUAACCCGAAGUCAAUAAGGGGGCAGAUUAUUGACCAGUGCAGGAAGUCGAAUGUCUGCAAGUUGUUGGAAUGUGAUUUUGGGGAGAGCAAGUGUCAUUCACCGAGCAGUAUAAUGCAGAUGUUCCAGAGCUCUCUGUUCUGCUUACAACCUCAAGGAGAUUCAUACACACGGCGAUCUGCUUUUGACUCGAUGUUGGCUGGUUGUAUUCCUGUCUUCUUCCACCCUGGGUCGGCUUACACACAGUACACUUGGCAUCUUCCGAAAAACUAUACUACAUAUUCAGUGUUCAUCCCAGAGGAUGAUAUUCGUAAACGGAACAUUAGCAUUGAGGAGAGGCUUAGUCAAAUCUCUCCUGAGCAAGUACAGAUCAUGAGAGAGGCAGUCAUAAAUCUCAUCCCAAGGUUGAUAUAUGCAGAUCCUCGCUCUAAAUUGGAGACUCUUCAAGAUGCUUUUGAUGUUGCAGUACAGGCAGUGAUCAAUAAAGUUACUAAGUUGAGGAAGAACAUUAUCCAGGGUCGAACCGAAUAUGAUAACUUUGUGGAGGAAAACAGUUGGAAGUAUGACUUAUUAGAUGAAGGACAGCGCGAGGUUGGAGCUCAUGAGUGGGAUCCUUUCUUCUCAAAACCGAAGGAUGAGCAGAGAGAUCAAUCUGCGGAAGCUGGGAAGAAUUCUUGGAAGAACGAGCAGAGAGAUCAAUCAUAAGUCCAAGUUGAUGGAGCAGUAUACAAGUUGAAUUGAGUAGUCUCUCCCAGUGGGUUCCCUGUAAGUGACUUAUGGAUCAACUAUAGAUAUUGCCCACCAGGCACUUGGCCUUUGUUUCAAACCAAAA